AUGUGUUCUCUUUCAGCUGUUCUGAAGAAAUCGAAUGAAAAUGUCUUUGGUAAUUUGUUUCAAAGAAAGAAGAAUUUGCUUGCUAGGAUUGUUGGAAUCCAAAAGGCUUGUGAUAGAUUUAGUAAUAAUUUUCUUGUUAAUCUUGAAGCUGAGCUUAUUCAUGAGUAUGAGCAAAUUUUGAAUCAGAAGAAUCUGUUCUGGAGGCAGAAGUCCAGGGACUGCUGGUUUAUUAUUGGGAACCUUUUUCAUGAUCUUGAGCAGGAGGAUCGGAAUAAACUUUCUAAUCUUAUUUCUCUAUUGGCUGUGAAUGACGCUCUCUUCUCUAUUAGUCCUCUUAAGGCCCCUGGCUAUGAUGGGUUUCCUGCAAACUUUUAUCAGCAUCAUUGCCAGUUGUAUUCUGGUGAUAUUUACUCCAUUUGCAAUGCUUUUAUUUCUGGUUGCAUCCCUUCUAGUCUUAAUCAUACCAUUAUCUCUUUAAUCUCAAAGUUGAUGGUCCUCAACACAUGGUUAAUUUCAGGCCAAUUGGAGAUGUUGUUCAAGUUCAAGAAGUCUAAGGGAAUUAUAAGUUUCUUAGCUUGGAAGGUGAACUUAUCUAAAACUUAUGAUAGACUUAGUUGGAGUUUUAUUGAGAAGGCUCAAAGAGGAAUUAGGCAGGGGGAUCCUCUCUCUCCCUACUUUUUUGUGAUGUGCAUGAAGAAGUUAUCUCACCUAAUUAAGUCUGUUGUUGAUUCUGGGAGUAGCAAAGCUGUUAAAGUUUCUCAAUCUGGGUCGAGAAUUUCUCAUAUCUUUUUUGCAGAUGAUUUAAUGUUGUUUGCUGAGGCUUCCUCUAGACAUGCUUAUGUUUUAAAGGGCAUUCUUGAUACCUUCUGCUCUUUGUCUGGCCAGACUGUUAGUUAUGAGAAAUCUCUUAUAUUUUGCUCUCCCAACACUGAUAGAAGGCUUGCUAAUGAUAUUAGUAGGACUUAUGGCUCCCCCUUGACUGCUGAUUUGGGAAAGUAUCUUGGUAUGUCUUUAGUUCAUUGUCGAAUCAACAAACAUACUUCUGAUGGUUUGUUUGAUAAAGCUCAAGGUAGAUUAGCUAGUUCGAAAAGUAAGACUCGUAGCCUUGCUGGUAGACUCACUUUGAUCCAAUCUGUUACUUCUGCCAUCCCAAUUUAUAGGAUGCAGACUACUAGAUUUCUCAUAAAGUUUUGUGAGAAGAUGGAUAAGUUAAAUCAAGAUUUCCUAUGGGGGAACACUGAGGCUAAGAAGAAGGUUCACUUAGUCAAUUGGAAUAUUGUUUGCCAACCUAAGUCCAUUGAGGGCCUUGGUAUUAAGAAAACUUCUGAGAUGAAUCAAGCCAUGUUGGCUAAGUUUGGAAAAGUAUUUUCUCAUGGUGCUCAUUUAUUUAAGAAAAAUCUUAAGUUGAGAGUGAGGAAUGGUAAAAAGAUUACUUUCUGGCAUGUUGUGUGGCUUUUAAACUAUGUAUUGUCUUCUUAUGUUGUUCUGCAAAUUGUUAAUGUUCCAACUGGUUUUUGUGAUGAUGUUGCUGACCGACUUAUUUGGGGGCCUACUUCUACUUACAACUCUUUUUUUGAGAUAAAUGAUGCUCAAAACCCUCUGUGGAGAUUUGUUUGGCAGAAGUACACAGCUGCCUCAUUGUCACAAAAAACUUCCAAUUCGUCUUCCACAAUGUGA